CUGGAAAUGAUAUCAGUCGCGACUCGGUCGAGGGAGCCCCAGCACGCGUCGCGUUACGCCGUCGGUCGCGCCGUGCCCCUCGCGGAGUAACAGUCUCCCUCUCUCUCUCGCUCUCCCGCGAUACACCGAAUAGCGCCCCUCCAGCGAGUGGACACGCAAAUAUCGCGCCCGUCGCCGUCGCCACCCGAAGACUCGCAGACCACCCAGGCCACCGUGACCAGCGGCUCCGAUACGACCUUUUCCCUGCGCAUACCCGGGGAAAGGGGGAGACGUCCCAUCCGCCCGGCCCGAGUCGAAACCGGAGAGUUUCACGCCGGAGGUCGCCAGGUCGGUAACACUCGAUAAAAGUAUGGGCGAGAAGACGUUCAACCUUACGUGGAACAAUCACCUGGCGAAUCUGUCGGGUUUGUUCGAGGCUCUUUACAAGAGCGGCUCCUUGACGGACGCGACUUUGGCUUGCCAGGGUGGCAUGUUGAGGGCCCACAGAUUGGUGCUGGCCGCCUGUAGCCCUUACUUCGAAAGGGUUUUUAAGGAACAUUACGGAGAGCAACCCAUUCUCAUUUUAAAAGGUGUCGCUGUCGAAGAAAUGGAAUGCCUCCUGGACUUCAUGUACAGAGGAUCCAUCGACGUGACGGAGGAGCACCUUCCCUCGCUGAUAAAAACUGCCACCGACUUGGAGAUACGCGGUCUCUCCGGGGAUCAAAAGAACCAGGAGAGCAACCGCAACCUCUAUACCAGGGUCGAGACGCGGAUGCAGCGAUGCCACAUCGAGACCAGAGUGCACACUACCGAGUACAUCAAGGAGCCGUCGGUGAUCCCUUUCCUGCCCAAGCACUCGACCGUCGAUUCGAUGGAGGACCAUAUUAAAGUGGAGGACAUCGAGGUGGAGGACGACCCGAUGGUGAUGGACGGGCACGAGGACAGCUUCGACGAGCUUCCGCGAUCCGUGGAAACGCAAAUCAGGCGUAUACCACCUCCGAUGUACAAGCGGGAGACCAGAUUCAAAGGGCAGAAGAGAGUGUCCGUGGGCCGCAUGACAAGGAACAACGACCCGCCGGAAUCGAAAGACUCGUCGCGAGAAUCGAGCUGCGAGGAUUCCUCGAGGAUCGUCAAAUGCGAGCCGACUCUCAAUGACGAACCCGCGGAUGUCGCGGUAUCGGGCGUACAGGAAACUGCGAAAAGCUCGGACGAGCCGUCGAAGGUAGGAGUGAAGAGGAAGUUCGAGGUCGUGAAGAGAGUAGGAGGAAACGAGGGAAGAGAGACAAGGAUGCUGAUGAAAUCCGAUAGGACGCAGCAUAAGCCCUUCUCCUGCGACCUUUGUACUUUGGCUUUCACAAGAGCGUCGCACUUAGCGAGGCACAGAAGAGUGCAUACGGGCGAAAGACCCUUCGCUUGCAAUAUCUGCCCACGAAUGUUCGCUAGGCAGGACAAGCUGAAGCAACAUCUUGAUUCGCACUUGCAAUGGCCGAAGAGAAAGGGCGGCCAAACAAUCUCCUCGUUGCCGACGAAGGGCAAACGCGGCAGACCACGUAAGGUUAAUUUGGAGCAAUCGGCGAUGGAAGAAAUUUUAAAGUUUGGCGAGUUUAGCUCUCUAUUAAACAAGUCGCAUUCGGCGAACUCGACGAGUAAGAGUGAAAAUUCCGGGAAUACUGGAGACGAUGGCAAGAGGAAAGAAGCGCAUCCAGACGAGGACGACUCGUCCCACAGGGAAAAAGACAACCGCGGCUGCCAGGUCGAAAAUGGCCAGGACAUCGUUUAAUGAAAUUUGGAAUCUGGAUUUAAAUAUCGGCAUAAACCAUAUUUUUCUAUGCACAAGCGCGAAACGCGAUGAUCAACGUAACGUAAAAGAAGGAAGAAAUCUAACGAGCUUCUGCGAAAGGUCGUGGUAUCUUUUUCCCCGAAUCUAUUUCAAGUUCAAUAGGGCUUAUAAUGUUUUCUCGUCCCGAGAUUCGAUAUAUACGUAUAUGCAAACGAGCACUCGCGUCGCUGUUACUGCGAACUGUUUAACGUAAGUACCUGAGAUAUCGACUACUAACGUUACUACCAAAGCGCACGAGCCUCCAAAGAAUCUAACAGCAUGAACGAGAGUCGAGAGAGUCGAUUAUGUGCAUCGUCUUCGAUCAGUAUCAUUAGUAUCGAGCAGUAAGAUUAAUAUAAAGAGAUACCUGCGCUCUGUAUACACACGCACACACGCACGCACACAUGCAUGCGCGUGAGCGCGCAACACACAAACAUACAACAUACAUACAUAUAUACAUAUAUAUAUGUAUAUAUAUAAACCCGACCAAAUAAUAUACGCGUGAAGAUUACGGCUUGACUUUCACUGUAAAAAAUUUUCAUCUCCCGACGCAUCGACGUUUUACAAUGCGAUACAUCCUGGGUUUUAGAUUCGAAAAUGUUUAACCCCGUGAAUACAAACAUUCGUUCAGGCCACUGUACGAAAUGACGCAUGUGGAUGAUGUUAUUUUAACGAGAAACCUUUAACGAGAGGCGCGUGACGUAUAUACUUAUAUACAUUAUAGUAUCAUACGUACUAGUUUGUAAUAAUGUAAUGCAUAAUAGUGUCCGAUACAGUGUGAGUCAUGCCUACGUGGUAAUAUUUUGUCAUACGCGCGACUAUAAUACGUCAAGUACAAAUGUCCAGAUGUUAGACUACGCGUACAACACUCUGCCACGCGACAGCGUAAACCAGAGGUGUGCGAGUACUUGAGUACGUCUCAGACACUGUCGUCGCUCGGAGGGCAGAAGACCUCCAAACAAUGACGACAGUAAAUUUCAAAAAACAAGUAAGAGGCUAGAACCUCUUACAAUUAGCAUAAAAAUUAGGCAAACUAUAACGAGAUCGGAAAGAAGUCAAAAUCAACGCAGGACAGCUGUUCUCCAGGAUUUGACUCCAACUGUAGCUCACUUGUGUCCAUUUUUACCAAUUCAAAUUUUAAUCUCGGUUUAAUUAUUUGUUAUCCUUUUCUGGUUCCAAAAAUUAGAAAAAUAUAAAAAGCAAGUUAAACCGAGAUUAAAUCUACAUUGGUAUUAGAAAUGGACGUUAGUAAUAAUGACGCGAAUCCAAAAUCGAAGAGGCAUUCUAAAUAAUUCAAUCUUACUCGAAUCUUACCAGAGCGCGCAAUUUUAUCGAAUUUUCUCUACAAUGAUGAGUAAUAAAAGUGAGGAGAGAAUCUAAUCGGAACUAAAGGCUUUUAAAUAAUCAGAUUAGGAGUCGCGCGAGUACUCGCACAACCUCAGCGUGAAUAAAUGGGCCUAGGGUUCCUCUCGAUUUAUUUAGAUUCGCGACUGGUGUAGCGUGUUUCUUUUGUAGAGUUUACGAUUUGUGCAACAUUGUACCGACAAUAUCGACGAGGCCCGUACUCGUCCUACCGCGAACGUUCGCCGAAUCGGCCCUAACUCGUAACAUUCGCGAACGUCCGCCCGGUACACGUCGGAAUAUCAUGUGGUGUCAAUGUCAUUAUAAUUGGUUAUUAUUGUUGUAUAUACAAAUUGAUUGUUAUUGUAAGAACUGCAUUCUGUUUUGUUGAUUGUGGGCUGUUGCUCGAUCUCACGGACGCCGUUCACCUAUCGGUGACCGUGUCCCUUCCCGUGGUAACGUGCAAUUAUUUUCGGCGAUAUAGACACCCUGGUCGCUGCCGAGCGAGGUAUGCGAAAGGUUCAUAUCUUGCAUUCUAUAUAGUGUGUAGCGCGUGUAAAUAAAUUUUCAAGUGAAGACGAGAAAAA